AUGAAGACCACCUUCGCCCUCACCUUUGCGGGCCUUGCCGCCGCCCAAACCCUCAACAUCCCAUCCCGUAGUGGCAGCAUCGUAUCUCUCUCUUCGCCAAUGACCAUCAGCGGCAGCCGCGACUUUGGCAACGCUGAGUACGACCGUGGCCGUGAAUGCGACACCGAUGAAGACACUGGCAGUGAGAGCGCUGUCUUCAUCCUGGAGAACGGCGCUACCCUGUCCAACGUCAUCAUUGGACCCAACCAGCUCGAGGGUGUCCACUGCAAGGGAGCUUGCACCUUAAGGAACGUUUGGUUCAGGAAUGUUUGCGAAGACGCCAUCUCCGCCCUCGGGACCGGCAACGUUCUCAUCGAAGGCGGUGGUGCGAACGGCGCCCAUGACAAAAUCGUCCAACACAACGGCCGCGGCACCGUCACCAUCCGCGGCGGCACCUACACCAACUCCGGCAAACUCUACCGCUCCUGCGGCGACUGCACCGGCAACGGCGGUCCACGCAACGUCGUCGUUGAGAACGUCCGCAUCAACGGGAUGUCCUCUGACCUGGUCGGCAUCAACUCCAACUAUGGCGAUGUGGCGACCAUCUCGGGCUCUUGCGGUGUGUCGAAGAAGGUGUGCCAGGAGUAUGUCGGUGUCACCAAGGGCAAUGGGAAGAGCGAGAAGACUAGCACUACGGCCAGCUGCAAGGGUGCGCAGGGGACUUUGAGUAAGUUGCCGACUUGUUAG